CGCACGUUAAACGUUAACGCUAGUAAAGAAUUAAUGCCCAAAAUAUUCAGUUCAGUUGACCGGAUAGUUUGUAAUAUAAUCUGUUAUAAUGCUACCUCUAUCUUUGCUGAAGACUGCACAGAACCACCCUAUGCUGGUGGAGUUGAAGAAUGGAGAGACGUAUAACGGACACUUGGUCAGUUGUGACAACUGGAUGAAUAUAAAUUUACGAGAAGUCAUCUGCACCUCAAGGGAUGGAGAUAAAUUUUGGAGGAUGCCUGAGUGUUACAUCAGAGGAAGCACCAUAAAGUACCUGCGUAUCCCUGAUGAGAUCAUUGACAUGGUGAAGGAAGAGGUGGUGUCCAAGGGCCGUGGGCGAGGAGGCAUGCAGCAGAACAAACAGCAGGGCAAGGGUCGAGGGGGAGGAGCAGGCAGAGGUGUGUUUGGAGGCCGUGGUCGGGGCAUGCCAGGAGUGGGAAUGCCAGGAGUGGGCAGAGGCCAGCAGCAGGAGAAGAAGCCUGCUGGUGGUAAACCUCAGGGAGUCAAGAACCAGCACUGAGGAGAGGAACAGACAGGUCAAAUGUAAGGAACGAGUGUAGUUUUCACAGAAUGACAACUCUAUCAGUCAGUGGAGGUCACCUUACACAAUGGCUGUUGUAAUGGCCAUUACUGCUCCCUCACUGCCAUUUUUUAGCCAUGUGUGUUUGACCUCCACCAAUUUGUGAAAUCACAACGUGAGAACUAUGAAUAUUCUGUGCAGUUCAGAAAGGGCAGGGUUUUGUAGACAGAUUUUUGCCUUAAAGUUUUUGUUUAGUUAUCAAUUUGGGCCACCGUCAAAAACAUGUAAUUAUCGUCCACAAGAACUCAACAGUAACCGAAAUUUGAGAAGUUCAACGUUAUUGUUUUAUUGUGCCCAGAGCAAUCUACUACGUUGAUUGUACCCAAUUGUCUUCAGUGUAAUAUAAGCUAUGUAAAGCACCCAUUUUUGGCAUCCAUUUUAUGCCCUUGGAAUUUGAAGACUUAAGUUGAUUGUGUUAUGAGGAAAAAUACGUAGUUGGUUAAAGAAAUGUCAAGAAGUCUGGCAGUUUAUUUUCAGAGUCCCAAUUGGGGGUUUCUAAAUGUUUUACUUUUGUGGAGUUUAUUUGCAAUUUGCAACAUGAGACAACAAUGUUGUAAUUUAGCCUAUACAAAAGAACAUGAGAAUAAAUGUUUUGUUAAAUAUACUGUACUUGAAUGUAUGAAAGAACAAUAACUAUUGGAUUUGUUUUGAAUGGGUCUACAGAAUGAAAAGGUAUUUUGCUACGCUCAUGCUAGCUUACCUCUAAAAUGACAAAACGCAAUUUGCAUAGUAGGUUUAUGUUCUUGUAUAACUAACCAGCUAUAAAAAAUAAAAAGUCAACAUAAACAAUCAA